AUGGCAUUCGCAUCGGAAAAUGCGAGCAUCCAUAGUCCUCUUCAAAACUCAAGUCAAAUCUCCCCGCCAGUUCAUAGAAAUAAACUGACUAAAUGCUUUGAUGACAUUAUGAAGAUCGCAUCCGAAAUGAUGGUACAACAGCAAUUGAAGACAGUUCAGUUAGACGCUUUGGUCGUCAAUGGAUUCAGCCAAAGUCAGCAAAGACAACUGGCAGAAAAAAUUCACUCUUUUCAUGCUAUUUUAGAUGAUUUAGAAACAACGCUAUCAAAGAGUAAAAGUUAUGUUCAAACGGUACAUGAUAUUGGAUUAGAGAAGGAAAGACAAAAGCAGAAAGAGAUGGAGGAAAUCAGAAUAAAGCAAGAGAAAGAGGAAGAGCUAAAGAGGCAGCAGGAAGAGCUGCAAAAAAGAGCGCAGGAAGAGGAGGACCAACAGCAAAAUGAACAAAAUAAGCAACAAACUCAAUUGAAUAAUUCAGAUUCAGAUUCUAAAGUGGACUUUUCAAUGGCUACACCACACGGUCUGCUGGCAGAUUUUGGAAAGAAUAAUACUACCGAUAUUGAUAUCACAGGUGCAAUAGCUGCCAAAGAUCUUCCGAUGAAUUCCCCUACAGAACUGAACGGAGAAGCACAGUCGACAAAGCAUAUUAGACAAUACUCUGCCCAACAAACACCCGGUCUUGACCAACAAUCGUUGCAAAAUGGUUCAGAUGAUCUAGGUAUGAAUAUGAAUAUGAUUUCCGGUUUAGAUGGUGGUGAAUUAGAUAUGCCCGAUUUUAACGCUAGAAUGAACGAAAAUAAUAAUGGAAACAAUUCAAAUAGCAAUGAUGGUAUGCCAUUAGCUGAAAACUUUGAGCCAUCUUCGUCAGAAAACAAUAAAGAUGUUACAGCUUUGAAUAAUACAUCUGCAGGAAAUAAUCUUGAUGAUAAUGAGGAUGAUUAUUUAACAUUGAAUGACUUCAACGAUUUCAACAUUGAUUGGAAUACUACUGGUAACCCCGCAGAUUUAGAUCUGAAUGGAUUCAAUAUAUAA